AGACCACUAAAAACUCUUCCCUAAACGAUUCGGCUUUUCUAUCGGUUCAUUAUUGUUUUAUUCCUAUAAAUAUUGUUAAUUAGUAGAGAAGCCAAGUUUGCCAAAAGCCCUGUUUCCUUGCUUUUUCUUUCCAAUUUUCUGAAGGAGAAAUUAGAAAGAUGAGGAACGAAACAUGGCACGGCGAACGACGUCGUAGGAGGUUGGUGCUAGUCCCGUGUCCAUAUCAAGGCCAUAUCACCCCAAUGCUUCAGCUCGGCACAAUCCUUUACUCCAGAGGCUUCUCCAUUACAAUUUCUCACGCCAUUUUCAACUCUCCUGUCCCUAAAACCCAUCCCCAUUUCAGAUUUGUUCCUAUCCCAGAUGGGUUAUCUGAGUCCGAUAUCUCUUCUGGAGAUAUUACUCAUAUUUUGUCUACCAUCAAUGAAAACUGCAAGCUCAGUUUCCUGCAUCUCAUGGAAUCUCAGGAGGAUGAAAUCGUCUGCAUCAUCUUCGAUGAACAUAUGUAUUUUGCUGAAGCCGUGGCUACUAAGCUCAAGCUUCCAACCAUCAUUUUACGGACUACAAGCUCUGCAACUUUUCUUGCUCGUUUUGCCCUCCUUGGCCUUAAAGCUGAAGGCUACAUUCCCUGCCAAGAUUCCAUCUCAAAUGACAUGGUGCCAAAACUCCAUCCCCUCCGGUUCAAGGAUCUGCCACUCCCCAAAUCACCAGAUUUCAAAAGAGCAGCACAACUAGUACUUGAUUCCUACACCAUCAGGAACUCUUCGGCUGUGAUUUGGAAUACAAUGGACUGCCUCGAACAAACAUGUUUGAUGCAAAUCCAGCAAGAAUGUCCCGUUCCAAUCUUCCCGGUCGGUCCAAUCCACAAGAUUGCCCAACCAACCUCAUCUAGCUUACUUAAGGAAGAUAGUAGCUGCAUUGCAUGGCUAGACAAGCAAUCCCGGAACUCGGUUGUCUAUGUAAGCUUGGGAAGCAUAGCAUCGUUAGGCGAGAAAGAAAUUGCAGAGAUGGCAUGGGGAUUAGCCAACAGCGAACAGCUUUUCUUGUGGGUGGUUAGAUCCGAUUCGAUUCCCGGUUCAAAUUGGACUGAGAUAUUGCCUAAAGGGUUCAAAGAUGGUUUAGGAGAAAAGGGUUGCAUUGUGAAAUGGGCACCACAGAAGGAAGUUUUGGCACAUGAAGCUGUUGGAGGGUUCUUGAGCCAUUGUGGUUGGAACUCAACCUUGGAAAGUAUAAGCCAAGGUGUUCCUUUGAUAUGCAAACCAUGUUUUGGUGACCAAAGAGUGAAUGCAAGGUAUGUAUGCCACGAAUGGAAGGUUGGCGUUGAAUUGGAGAAGAUUGAAAGAGGAGAGGUUGAGAGAGCUGUGAGAAAAGUGAUUGUGGAUGAUGAAGGGAAAGAGAUGAGGGAAAGGGCUAGGGAUUUGAAGGAGAAAGUUGAAGUUUCUACAAGGAAAGGUGGUUCUUCCUAUAAUUAUUUGAAUGAGGUUGUGGAUUUGAUCAUGUCGUUUUAAGUUGCCUCAACAGUUUGUCAUAGAAAACAUAUCCAAAAAGAAAUUCAUUGUCGUUUGUGAUCACCUGGCCUUUUAAAUCACUGUAAUGAAAGUAAUGGAAUUCAGAUCUUGUGUAACAAUGCAUCAAGUUUACUUUCUUUUUAGUUAAUUUUCCUUGUGAAAUAUAGAAAGAAUUCUUUUA